GUGGUUCCUCAUUAAUUAGUACAGAGACAACAACAGCAGAGCAAGUUGAUACAUAUUCCACUGAAGAGAAAAUAACCCCUUCAGUUUCAUUCACUACUGAAAAGGCAGGGGCAUAUCCUCUCACUACUGAAGAAGAGGGCAGUUCUGGAACCAUAAGUACAGCACAGUUUGCAUCCACUGUUACUGUCAUCGCAGAUUAUACAACACUAAGUACAAAGUCACCUUUAUUGUCAGCAUCAUACACAUCUGAAACAAGAGAUGUUUCAAAAAGUGCUGUUACCCCAGAUGUAUUACUCAGCAGCACAGCGAAACCAACAUCAGUACCUCAUAAAACAGAACAGACUCUUACCACAACCCAUGCUCAUGAAGAAUCUGCAACAUCCGUGGAUACCUCAGUAUCUGCCAGGACAGCUAAAGGGAGCACAGAUCAAUAUACCAGUGAACACCCCAGUGAAAUGUCCAGAAAAACGAUGACAUCUCCAAGUGGUUCCUCAUUAAUUAGUACAGAGACAACAACAGCAGAGCAAGUUGAUACAUAUUCCACUGAAGAGAAAAUAACCCCUUCAGUUUCAUUCACUACUGAAAAGGCAGGGGCAUAUCCUCUCACUACUGAAGAAGAGGGCAGUUCUGGAACCAUAAGUACAGCACAGUUUGCAUCCACUGUUACUGUCAUCGGUACAUCUUCAACCCUGUAUAGCAUUGACACAACAACAGCAACAAUAUCCCCUGAAGCAUCAUCAACCUUCGUGAGCACAGAGGAGGAUAUUUCUGAUGAAAACAUCACUACGUCUACAGAAACACCUGUCACCAAAGAUACAACUGGCUCCUCUGCUUUUAAUAUCCUGUCUUCAUCAGUGUCAACAUCAAGAAAAGCUGAUAUCACUGAUACUUCAAAAACAGCUAUUACUUCCUCUUCAGCACUCCACAGCACAGAGGAACCAAAAUCAGUGUCCCCCAAAGCACAUCAGACAUUUACCACUGUUGGUUUCGAGGAAAAGUCGCCAGUGUCAGAGGAAGGUUCAGCAUCUCCAAUAACAGACAACGAGAGGACAAGUCAACCCACAAGGGAAACAUCUAGCAUACACAUUGCAUCUCCUACAGGGUCCUCAUUGUUCAGCACAGAGAAGACAACAGCCCAUCCACCUGAGGAUCUUUACAGUAUCCAAACAGGUCAAACAAUGACACCUUCACUUUCCACAGUCACAGCCAGAACAGGAAGUUCUUCUGCCAGUUCUCCAGUUGAGAAAAGCUCUACAGGAUACCAAACUCCAGACACAUUCACAACAGUCUCUGUUGGUACAGGAACAUCUUCAUCUGUUCACAUUAACGAGACAAGGAUGUCUCCUGAAGCAAUAGCAGUCCUAAUAAGCACAGAGGCCGCAGGUUCCGGAGAAGGUUCUACUGAUUUUACUGACAAGACAUUUGUGACCGUUGCCACAGCAUCCCCAACACUGUUUACAGGGUCUCCUUCCAUCCCAACAUCAGAUACAUCUGUCAAAAGUGAGACUUCAAAAACAACUGUCUUCACAGCUUCAUCAGACUAUGGUGAAGUGAAAUCAACCCCUGUGUCUCCUGAAACAGAACAUGUUGUUACUACACAUCUGUUUGAGGGCAGUUCAAGAGCACCAGAACAAUCUACAUCCUCCCCUCUACCGUCUGUUUCGCAAGGAACUGGGAAAACCACCAUUUCAACCAUAGAUAGAACAGGCUCUUCUUCCCAGACACAAACUAUGUAUGUCCAGACAACCUCUGUGGAAUAUGAAAUUUCAGCUAAUCCACAUGAUGAGUAUGAAGAGUUGGAUCAAAAAUCUACAGUGGCAGAGUCUGUCACGUCAACCAAUGGAUCACAUAGUGAACUUGAGACAACUGCCCCUCUCAUUGUCCCAACGGCAGAAACCUCAGGGCACACACCCUCUGAUGUGACUGAAAAGACAACAGCAGAUUAUACAACACUAAGUACAAAAAUCUGCAACAUCCGUGGAUACCUCAGUAUCUGCCAGGACAGCUAA